AUGGCCUUCGACUCUGAACUAGACGCGCUCUUCCGCACAUCGGCGAAAACCGCGCCGCCUGCAUCCCCCAUCGCCGGUCCUUCCACUUCCGCGUCCAACCCAUCCGGCACUCAAAAGAAGCGGAAAAAUGACACAGAUGAUUCUCGAAAGGCCAAAAAGACUAAAUCAACGACUCUGCCUGCUGCCGAAGUCGACGCACCGCGCGCCGGAGUGAAGAAGACCUCGAAAAAACGCGCGACGGCGUCCAUCGACUCUGAUUCAGACUCGGACGACAACGCGGACGUCGAGGAGGCCUACGCAGCACGCACAAUCACAAAGCUCACUGCGCCGUCCACAUCUGCCGACAAAUCCGACUCUGACUCUGACCGCUCUGAUUCGGACGACGCCGACGCGCCUCCUCCCGUACACGAAUCCCUCCUCCCGAAAAUAGAACGGCGCGAUCGCGGGAAGAAGAAGGAUAAGACUCGGUAUGUGCCGCCUGGAGAGACGAAGGAGCAGAGAGACGCGAGGACGGUGUUUGUUGGGAAUGUCCCUGUCGAAGUGGUGAAGUCGAAGAGCGGGAAAAAGCAGUUGGAGAGACAUAUCAUCUCCCUCGUACCCUCAUCCAAAAUCGAAUCUACGCGCUUCCGCUCCGUAGCGUUCGCCACGCCCACCGGUCUCACCACCUCUGACCCUUCCUCCACUGCCCCAUCUACUUCAGCCGAGAAAGAGAAGGACACGCGCGCGCAUGGUAGCGCACGUGCGGCGCACUGGCGCGACGAGCAGGACAAAGAGGGCACCGGACCGGAGAGGAAGAAGCUCACGCCAGCGGAGAAGAAACGUAUCGCGUUCAUCAAGCAAGAAGUGCACGACCAAGCUUCAGCCGUCCACGCCUACAUCGUCUUCGCACAUACCGACCCCUCACAUCCCUCGCACGCCACCGCACUUGACCCAUACGAAGCGGCACAACAGGCCAUCGCCAAUGUAGACGGCACAUCGUUCUUGGGACGAACAUUACGGGUGGACGCGGUGGCGAAGGAGGCGAAGGAGAAGAGGAGCGAUCCGCGACGGACGGUGUUUGUGGGCAAUCUGGAUUUUGCGACGAAGGAUGAAGAUUUGAGGGUGUACUUUGAAGGGGUUGUCAGUGCGGAGCGUGGACCGCCUGGGGUUGAAGGGAGUGGUUCAGAUGACGAGGAUAGCGAUGAGGACGAGGAUGAAGGAGAGAAGGGUGGGGAAAAGGCCGUCAAGCCGAAGACAUGGGUCCGCCAUGUCCGUGUCGUACGCGAUAAAGACACCCAACUCGGCAAAGGCUUCGCGUACAUUGAAUUCGCCGACCGCGAAUGCGUCGACGAGCUUCUAGCGCUCGAAGAAGGCAAGCUCAAGUUCGCCAAACGCAAGCUUCGUCUCCAGCGCUGCAAGACCCUGCCCGGCUCCGCACCACUCAAGAAACCCGACCCGAAGAACAAGCCCGCGCCGCCCGUUCGAGUCGGCAAGCCCACAGACUCAGGCUACCAACCCCGUCUCUCCACCUCAAACACCAAGAGACCCAUCUCCCUAGCCGACCUCCCCAAGGGCGACCCCCGCCUCGGCGAGCGCCUCAAAGACCUAGACAAAUCUGCGCGCAAAGCAGUCAAAGCGGCCGACGCUGAGCGCGUCGCGCGGCGGAUGGCGAAGAAGAAGGCGAGGGCGGCGUUGGGGCUGAAGGUGAAAGAGGGGGAUAAGGAGGGGAAGAAGAGGGUCAGGGAAAGGAAGAAUCCGAUUGAGAGGAAGGCGGAGGGGAAGAAGAAUGCGGGGGUUAAGAAGGGAAGGGUUAGGAGUGAGAAGAGCUCGAGUGUUGCGAGGAGGAAUGCGAAGAAGUGA